AUGACGGCCGGGCGGAAAAGUCUAUUUCUUUUCCUCAUGAAUCUGGCCUGGAAAUGCCGGUUCAGUAUGCCGUUACUCCUCAGUGGUACGAUGGCGUUAUUGGGGCAGGCCUGGAUGUUCCAGAUUCGAGUCCAAACCGUACAAGAACUGAAUGAGAAUGAGCUGGCAUAUUACGAUGAUGACGAUAUGGACGAUGACUCCCGGGACACUGAAUCCACUGACUCUUGGGAGACAAUAGUUGAAGAAGUGGCGUAUGGAUGA